UCAGGGAAGAAAAGUUGAAGUGGCUACUUUCUGACUCGGGCAGAAAAACAGCAGCAAAUGAACUUGCAGGUGUAGUUUUUAAGAAGGAAAAAGCGGGGAGGUCUGUGUUAGAAUGGGCUAAGAUGUGGUGGUAUAUUUUGAUUAAGCAUGUUAAUUAGGGGAACUGAUAUUUUGAUAGCUGGACCUUGGUAGUCAGCCUCAGAAGGAGGAAGUGGUCAAAUACGGGAAGAGACCUUGGGGGCUAGCUUCAGGAACGUGAUCUAAUGGUUUUAACAAGGCAGAAGGAAUGGGGGUGGGGGAGGACACAGCCUGCCAGAGCCACUGUUGCCAUGCUUGAGCUGGUCAGAGUCCCUGCACUAAUAGCUAGAUGAGAAACUGUUAAAUUCCAAACCCACAUGCAGGCACUUAAGAAAUUCCAAUUUUCUGGCUUUGGGGCCCAUUUGGAGCCCUCACAUGCCGAGUCUGGUCAUUUGACUUAGUAUCAAGCGAUGCUGGAACUGGAGGGCCUCUGGGAAUUAAACGUGAGCUAGGUUUGGAGCUUUACCUUCCUAUUCUGCCUACAGAAAGGUGGCUGAACUUUUAACUAGGAAGAAGGUUUUUCAAAGUAUAGCUUGUUCGGUUUCUCUCGGUUGGUAUCUUCAAUGAGUUUUUGAUUCCGUUCUCCAGCAGCACAGACGGCCUUGGCCUUGACCUUGACCGAUGUCAGUUGUUCAUUUCUUUGGUGCCAAUUCAAAUAUUUAAAUUUGGGGGAGGAGCGGUCAACAGACCAUCACACGUCCUCCAAAUUUGGCCAGAUGCUGGCCAGCCGUUUAAUCCCUGGGGCUUGGACCCCAUAGGUAUUCUGUGACCUAAGUAACCAAGCCCCAAACGGCUCAACGCUAUGCCUUUCAGGGUAUUCAGUUACUUCAGGCCUCUUAAAGGCAGAGAGGGAGACUGUUCCCAGGACUGGCCCUCAGCACCUACCUCGGGUAGAUUGGAGUCUCCCGAGGAAAUUAGAGUACGAAACCUAACGCAGGAGCCAUACUGGAUGGACAUUUUUUGGAGGGGGGAAGAGGGGAAACGUAGGAUCAUCAUCCUACGUUCAUCCCGGAUGAAUUCAACAACGGAGGGUAAGUCAUUGGAGACCCAAAGCGCAGGGCCGGAAGAGGCGGGCCCUUGUGAGCACCGCCCACCGGACAUGCCCCCUGGGCCUCACGCUGGGAAACCUGCGAAGUGUGCAUCGCCAUGUUUGUGCUUCGACGCCUCGGGGUCCUGCGGCAGCCGGAUUCCUCCAACAGGAGUAGAGGUGGACUGCCUUUCCUCUGCCUCCUAUUCAGAUAACCUCAAGCACCAACAGAUGAUAACAGCUAUGGUCCCCAGAGUCUCGGGCAUUUGACCACUUGGUCCCCAGUUGGUGGUGCUGUUUGUGGAAGCUUAGCAAGUGUGGCCUUGUGAAGAAGGUAUAUCACUGAGGAUAGGCUUUGAGAUAAAAAGCCUCACCUACAGUACAGCUAGUUUGUUCUUCAUGUUUGCGGUACAAGAUGUCCAGAUGUGAGCUCAGCUCUCCUCCAGCUGCCAUGCCUGCCUCUGCUCCAUCAUGGACUCUCCCUCUGGAGCCAUAAGCCCAAAUGAAGGAGAUUGAAGGGCAGAGAAGUAGCCUACCUCAGCCCACACAGUGGGUAAACAGCAGGGACAGGCAGGGGCUGGCCUUGGCAGCCUGAUUCAGAUAGCCCUGCAUUACAACUUGACAGCUUCUGCUUGCCUGAGCAGACAAGCUUUCUAGAAAAGCAUCAUCACGAUUUUCUGCAGCCUUCAUAGAACUCUCUAUGUCUCUUCACCUCUUGACAAGUAAGGUUUGGAAGAAGUGGCCUGUGGUGACCCUGAAUUCUUACUUUUUUGAGGAUGAGAAAGAAGACAAUUCCAAACCCAUUGGUCGUUACCCGGUUCCCUAUAAGAAGGACCUGCCCUUUGACAUUGUAGAGCUCAUGGAAGAGAUGAAAAGAACGACAGGAUUUUUACCAAAUGUAUUUAAAGUGUUGUCUUACCGGCCUUCGGAAUUCAGAGCUUUCUUUGCGUACUACAAUGCCAUCUAUAAUAAAGAAACAGGUCGGCUCAGCAAAGCUGACAAGGAACUCAUCAUCGUAGUGACCAGCCUGGCUGAACGGUGCCUGUACAGCGUUGUUGUCCACAGUGCCCUCUACAGGGUCUACUCGAAGAACCCAGGACUCUCUGACCAGGUCUGUAUAAACUGGAAAAAGUCUGACCUCCCUGCUAGAGAAAAAGCAAUGGUAGAGUUUGCACUUGCUGUUUCCCAAGCUGAUGACAUAACAGAUGACCAUUUUAAAAAGCUGGAAAUGCAUGGCUUCAAUAGAGAAGAUGCCUGGGACAUAGCUACCAUUACAGCUUUCUAUGCUAUGGCCAACCGCCUUGUUCAUUUUAUCGACAUCAUUCCUAACAAGGGAUACUAUUCAUUGGGUAGAAACAGUGAUACUAAACAGAUAGAGAAUGAACGUACUGCUCCGAAAGUAUAAAAGCCUGACAGGAAAGGCCAAUAUUUAUCAUUUCAGUUAUGUUGCAUUAGAAGACAUCAGUUGGAUAGCAAUUCACAAUAAAUACAAAAACAUCUAAUUAUUGGUUAGAGAAAAAAAAUGUUCCCCACCUGCCUGAUAAAGUCCCUGAGUGUCCAGGGACAUGUGAUACUUGGGACUUGAGGACACAGUUCAGAAAACCUUUGUUGAUUAUUUACUUCCAUUAAGAUCCAAAAAGACUAUAAGGCAAAGGGGUUCUGAUGAUGCUUUAAAUAUGAGUAGACAUCUAAUUGAAUUUUGGCUACUAAAGUUGAAAGUUUUUUAGCUUUCCAAAAGGUAUUACCUAGAAAUUGGUCAAUAUAGACUGAUUUGAAGUCAACUACUUAUUAAUAUGGUUGCCUGUAUAGACUCUCAAAUGUAGGGUCGACAGGAACAGGCACACAUAAAUUUUAUUUCUAUUUUUAGUGCCCUCUCAAUUUUUUUAACUGAUGUUAUAGAAUCUUAGUCUUAUGUAAUAUGCUCUUAUUUUAGGUUUUAGUAAAAAAAAUAUUUGGAAUAAAACAGUAUUCACAUACUAAAUACAAACGUUUUAAAAAACUAGGCAUUACUAAAUUACUUAUUCUCUGUAUUACCAUUAUUGCCUUAAAUUUGUAUCAGUGCACACUUGGUUUGUCUUCUCUGCAGCACUAGGGGUUAAAGUCAGGGCUUCACGCACGCUAGGCAAACGCUCCACCACUGAACCAUACCCUCAGUGCACAGCUCUUGAAUGGCUUUGGGACCUUGGUAUGUUGAAUCCCUGAACUGUGAAAUCUGAUUAUCUGGAGCCAAUACAGACUAAAUGAGGACUUCA